AUGUCGGGCGCUGCCGUGAAUCUGAUCCUGGAGAAGAUCGCCUCCAAGGACAAGGACUUCCGUUACAUGGCGACAUCUGACCUGCUGUCAGAGCUGGGCAAAGAUUCAUUCAGGGUCGACCCUGACCUGGAGCGCCGGCUGUGUGCUGCUGUGGCAGUUCAACUGGAGGACGUGUCUGGCGACAUCUCCGGGCUGGCUGUCAAGUGCCUGGGCCUGUUGGUGCGCAAGGUGGGGGAGCAGAACGCUAUCGCCGCCGUCAACGAUCUCACCAGCAAGGUUGUAUCGUCCAAGAAGGAGUCCACUCGGGACAUUGCAUCGAUCGCUCUGAAAACAGUGAUCUCCGAGGUGCCGCCGGGCAGCAAGCUGGCGGCGCCCGCGGCCGCGGCAAUCUGCGACGGGAUGCUCAAGGGUGUCGCCGCCAACAAGGACAACACGGCGGUGGCGUCUGACAGCCUGGACAUCCUGGUGGAGGCCGCCACCACCUUCGGGCCUCACGUCAUCCUGGAGCUGAUGGAGGACCCGCGCCCCGCCAUCAGGAAGAGGGCCCUGCAGUGCCUGGCCGGCCUGUCAAGCCAUUUGAAUGACGCCCUGCUGCGGGACGCGGCCGAGGCCCUGCUCGCAAAGCUCGACGGCACGGCCAAGAAGGGCAAGGCUGCAGAGGCGCGGAUAUACGUGCAGGCAUCCUGCGCCACUUGGAUUCUGCUCCGCCGUCCUUCGGGCGUUCUCCUGUCGAACUUCGGGGCGUGCGCGGCAGGGCUCGGCCCAGGUCAAGAAGUGCAGGCUGAGCUGUUCACGAUCCUGCCCACUGCCAAGGACCCAACGGCCUCUCUGGCCCUGGACGCCAUUGGCGGCGUGUCCCGCGCCACCGGCCACCGCCUCGGCGCAUACCUGGGCCGCGCGCUGCCGCUAGUCGUGGCGGCCUAUGAGGGGGCCGGGGAGGGGGAGGCGGACGACGAGCUGCGGGAGCACUGCCUGCAGGCCCUCGAGUCGUUCGUGCAGCGCUCCCCCGCCGACGCGCGCGCCCAGCUGGACUCUGUCCUGGCUGUGGCGCUGGAGGCGCUGAGGCACGACCCGAAUUUCGCGGACGACAUGCAGGACGACGGCGAGGGCGGCGGGGGCGGCAGCGAUGACGACGAUGAUGGGGGCUCAGAGGAGUACUCUGACGACGAGGACGUCAGCUGGAAGGUCAGGAGGGCGGCGGCCAAGCUGGUUUCUGCAGUGGUGGCGGCCUACCCUGACGCCCUCCCAGAGAUCUACGGCAGGGUUGCUGGCGACCUGGUGUCGCGGUUCAGGGAGCGCGAGGAGAGCGUCAAGGCCACUGUUAUGGCCGCAUACUGCGAACUCGUGCGGCAGGUGGCUGCUGCCGCAUCCCGCCACUACGCCCGGCCGGACGACCCCACCAGCCCCUUGGCGCUCCUCUACAAGGACGUCCCCUCCGCGCUCAAGGCCGCGGCCCAGCAGCUCGGCGGCAGGGACGUCAAGACGCGCGCGGCGGCGUUCGGCGUGCUGCGCGCGCUGGGGGGCGCCGCGCCUGCUGAGGUGGCGCAGCAGCUCGGCGGCCUCGUGCCGGGGGGCGCGCCUUGCGCGGCCAUCGGGCCGUGGUCGUAG